GUCCAGCUCUCUUCGUAACAACUUUAGUUUGGUCGACGAAUCAAAUAAAAUUGCGAAGCAGUGAAAGUUGCGUGAAUAUAAUCGUGAUCCCUGGUCGAGGAACAGUGCAGUUUAGUGGCCAGAAGUUACUGUGUAGAGUUGUGUGAAAGAAUGUCUGUGGCACCAGUAGUAAUUGCGGCGACAGCCAAGCACACUGCCACGCUGAUUUUCCUGCAUGGCCUCGGAGAUACCGGGCAUGGCUGGGCCACGGCAAUGGCAGGAAUCAGAACACCCAACAUGAAGGUGAUUUGUCCUACAGCUCCCAUGAUGCCUGUUACCCUCAAUGCCGGCUUCAGGAUGCCUUCAUGGUUCGACUUGAAGACAUUGGAUGUUUCUGGGCCACAGGAUGAAGAUGGUAUCAAAUCGGCCACAGUAAAUGUACACAAGUUGAUCGCCGAUGAGAUUAAAGAGGGUAUCUCGGCUAGUCGGAUCAUCAUUGGGGGCUUCUCUCAGGGCGGAGCUCUUGCUCUCUAUGCUGCCCUGACUUAUCCUGAGCCUCUGGCCGGCGUGAUUGCCCUGUCGUCGUGGCUUCCGCUCCACAAGGCCUUUCCCGCUGCCCUCAAAUGCCCCAACACAGUGCCCAUAUUCCAGGGGCAUGGGGAUUGUGAUCCUGUUGUCCCUUACAAGUAUGGACAACUAACUUCAGCUGUGCUCAAGUCCUUCAUGGCGAAAACAUCCUUCACUACUUACCGGGGCAUGACUCACAGUUCGUCGGAUGAGGAAUUGGAGGAUCUGAAGAAGUUCGUGGAGGAACAGGUACCACGUCAGUAAAUGGCCGUAAUCUACGUCUUCCUUUUCAAAUUUAUUUUAUUUCCAAUUAUUCUUAUUUUCCAAUGGGAUAAUAUCCCUCCAUCCAUCCUUUCGAGUUCCUCAGCUAUUUACCGUGGAAAAUCCACUUAUACAUCUUGCAUCGAAACGAUAUAUAUUUUUUGGUGAUUUAUUGCAAUAGACACAGUUUUCCAUAAGAGAAAAAACCUAUAGUCUCCCAAUAAAUACAGUGAGUGGUAAAAAUUUUGGGACAGUUUGCAAAAUAUAAAAUGUCGUUUCAAUCAAAGGUGACUUUAAGAAUUUCGGGUCUGACAAAUCAAUUCUAAAAUUCAUUUUUUAUUACAAAAAGUAAAUAAAUAGUGGAAAUAUUUUGAAAAUAUUUAGUUGAUUCAUUUAUUUUCCAACAAUUUAAUUUUAGAGGCAAUAUCAGGAACUUGAAUAAUCCAGAGGAAUGAAAGAAAUUUUGAUAAUUUAUUGAUUUACCAAAAUAAUUUAUUUCACUUUGAGAUAUUUUUGGUUUUCGGAAGUUUCGAACAUAUUAAUAUUUUAUUUUAUAUUUUUAUCCAAGCGGUAGGUAUUGCUCUUCAUACUUUCAGCACUUUAGGAGUGUUUAAAAAACCAUUUAACUUCUGAAAUUACUUGCGCACUUCCAAUUUUCAAUUCUCCAUAACACGGCCAAAGAUCAAGUUUGCGCUAAAAAAAAAUAUUUAACUAGGGUGGAAUAACCACUUCUCGCCAGUAGUGACCCACUUUUCUCCACGAAAUCGCAAUUAAAUCAUAUUUUUAUCAAUAAUUAAAAUAAGCCACAAAGUCAUUUGUAUUUCUACUUACUGCUACAGUAGACUCUCACUCAAUCGGCUCUUUUUCAAUCGGGCGAAAAAUUCUGUUGACAAUUUUUACGUUUAAUUAUGAAGCUAAUUUGCUCAAAUUCGCUGUAGUUCUUCCUAUUUUAUCGUGAUUCUUUAUAAUUGAGCGCUUUUUGUGGAAUUUACAAAGGUUUUGACGCCCAAAUCUAUCGAUAAACCGGAUGACAUUUUGCCCCAAAUGCCCAAUUGAGAGAGAGUCUACUGUACUUUACAAAAACGAAAAAUAUUUCUUACCAAAUACGCUACGUGUCAUGAAAUUUUCAUUUAACAAAAUUUGGGUUUUGGAUUAAAUUAUUUAUUUAUUGAAUAUUUAAUUAUACUCGUAGAACAAGUAAAAUUUGUAUCUAGUUAAAUUAUUUUUCAUUUUAUAUUAUUUUUAUGUAAAAAUGAGGCAUGGCGAAAAGUGGUGAUUUCUGUAAUUGAUUUUACCACCUUGUCGCAAUUGCUUUUCAAGGCGACGCUAACUUCGUUCCGUAGAUUCUCAGCUGCCAAAUUUGCAUUGUUUAUUUUCUGGAAUAGUUUAAUAAAUUGUGUCCUGAAAUAUAAGUGAAGAAAAAUAUUAUAGAGUGAGUAAUAGAAAUGUGAUCAACUGAAAGAAAAGCAACGCUAAAUGUACAUUCUUUUAUCAAUAUUCUUCAAAAUAAUCGAAUUUGGACUAAUUCAAGUGGCAAUAGAUUGUAGAUUGUUGAAUAUAUCCUAGAUAAAAAUAGGAGAAAAUAAAUUUAUGGGUCCUAGAUCUGCUGUAGAAGUCUUACGCAACGAAAACCUAUUGAAAAAUUGUUUUUUUGUUGAAAAUAUCUGCACUUGCAUUUUAUGCAAGUUUGGUAAUUUACGUAAUUUUUUGGCUCGGGUUUUAAAGUGUUAAGGGUACCUCCAUGGCAAGUUUUCUUUUUAUAUGGAGCUACUUGAAGCCAGCUCCUUUACUCAGUUCACAGAGCCGAUAGAGAAAAGUUAUUUAGACAAAAAUGUAGUAUAUUUAUCCCUCCACAGGGAUCAGUAAAUUCCAAAAGGGGAUCAGUCCCCUCUUUUAAGUUAUUUCGCGUAACGGUUGUAAAAGCAGAGAAAUUUCCAUAUGUGUUCGCACGUAAAAAUGCGUUUUGGCUUCAACUCGAGAGGCCACAUGCCAGAGGGUUUUAAGGGUGUAUAGGUUUUAUGCAGUUCAGAAUUGUGUAACUAAUACGAUUAUGCAAAUACAAUUAUGCAUAAUUUCCUACCUUUGGAAGCUAAUUUGUAAAAUCAUUUUUGAAAUAACUACAUUUUUAAAAGCAAGUGUAACAAUGAUAUUGUAACAAGUAACAUAUAGCCUGCGAAGGGGCAUUUCUACAAUUUAGUCCUGGCGGCUGAAAACAACGUUAAGACGGCGAUGGACGCAUUGAAGGAGUGUGUAAAAAGACGAAAUGAGAUGAAAAUAAAUUGAAUUGAAUACCCCUAAAUGUAUGCAGUACUAAAAUUGAUAAUGGGGCGUAGGGAUACGUAAUAAAAUUCGCAAUUUAACGGUCAUUGAAUUUAAAUUCUAUACAUGAAUUCCUUACAAACUUUAUUUAUUUCUAUAAAGUAAGUGUUUAAAAAAAUAAUUUGCCAAUCAGAAUUCAAAUCAGAAAAGAGAAUGAAGGAAAAUAUAAUUAAAAUCGACGCGAUGAAAAACGUUUUGGGGGUAACUUUGUGAACAAAAAAAAUGAAAAAAUAGCAAUAAAAUGUAAUAUCCGCCUCUGUCGGGGUAUUUUUCCAACAACUUUGGAAAAAUAAACUGACUAAGCAUUCUUUUCUGGGAGUGGUUCGGAUAUCAAUUUUACAGACUAGAAUAAAUUAUAAAAAAUGUCUAAUUUGCGUUAAAUGUGCGAAUGGGUGAAAGUUUCGUGAUUUUGAAGUUUAUUAAAAAAAAACUUCCUUAAAAUUUAAAGAAAUAAAAAGAUUUAUAAAUCAUUACAGACAUAAAUAUUUUUUGCUGAAAAUGUCCUGAAAUUUUUGCACUUCACUGUAAAAUACAAUCCCUCAUAUAUACUUACUAUAAAAUGAAAACAAACCAAUAUCAAUGUAAAUGGACUAAAAAAAAUGUAAUUAAUGGAUUUUCCUUAUUCAAUUGUGCAUGGAGAAACUCUUUUCUUGUGAGCAUUCUUUAUUCAAUUUUUAGGAAGAAUUAAAAUAAAAUGUGUGACACUGAAACAAAGCAAAGAAAUGCGAAAGAAUGUGUAAAGUGAGUUUGAAAUACUUUCCACGCGAUGAAUUUUUCAGGUAAAUUGUCAAUGUGAUUGAGACUUGAAAUGAUAUUAGCAAAAAAAAAAGAAAACAAUUAAGUCUUUCUAAUAUUUAGUAAUUGUAAUUAACAAAAUGAUUCUGUAGUAAUAUUAGGCGUUUUAUGGAUGAUUUGAGUGUGGAGACUAAAGGAGAAGAAAAAGUAAUUAUAAAAAGAAAUAAUUAAAAGAAAAAGAUUAGUGAAAAAUAAAGUUUAAAAUUGUAUAAUAAAGUAUCAGGAAAAUAGUGAGUAAAAUUGUAUUUUUUCAGCAAUUGAGUAAUUACUCUUCUAGUGAUUGUUUUUUUUUCAUUUUUCAAUAUUCUUUAUUUCGUUCAAAUUCAAAGCAGAAUAUGAAUUUCACUUGUAAUUGAAAUACUUUGCAUUUCUAAUGGCAAUAAAAAUCUUUAAACAAUUCAA